AUGGCCAGUCACCUUACUAAAGAAGAAGCUAAAGCGUUAUUUAAAAAAUUUGAUAACGGAAAUGGAAUUUUAUCAUUAGCGGAAGUCGAUCGAGCAAUUAUUCACUGGUAUCCAGAGUUUGGCACUAACCGUCAAGCAAUGUUACGUGCAUUUAAAGCAGCAGAUACGAAUAACAGUGGAUUUGUUGAAAUGAAGGAAUUUUGUCGUUUGAUUGAUUUAUUAUAUUAUUAUAAUGAAAUGAGUGAUUUAUUCGGUCAAUUGGAUACAAACAAAGACAAACGUAUUAGUUUUGCUGAAUUUAAAAAAGGUCACGAACUUAUUGGCGAAUCAGACGUCGGUGAUGCAAAUCUGAAAAGAGAUUUUAAUCGAAUUGAUACCAAUCAUGGUGGAUAUAUUCUAUUUGAUGAAUUUUGUAUAUACAUGGCGAAGAAACGUGCACAAUAG